AUGGACAAUGAACUCAUCGAGGAGAUGGAACGGGAACAGCAACUGUUAGACAGAUUCAAGAAGUCUGAGGGUCAAAGCGAACUGGAAAACCUCAUGCCUAAAGGAUACAGAAUGCUGCAGAAAAUGGGAUAUGAGCCCAGGGAAGAAAGUACCAAAGAAGUACACGAUCAAGAGGAAAAGCAAGCAGAGUACAGGAAGCAUAUUUCAGAGUCUUCCAGGCAAAAGUCCCUAGAAAAAACCUUGCAUAAUAUGCAGAAAAUAGCCUUCGCCAUGGCCGGUGACGAUGAAAUAUAUACACCAGGUGAAGACCCAAGAGAUUUUAACGUACUUUGGAGGGGGUAUAUCAAAGUACUGAAUGACGCGGCCAAAGAACCCGCUGGUAAAUCAGCCCCGAAGCAAAAAGCCGUCUUGGAACAAUCCGACUCUGAACUAGACGAGGAUCAAGAAGGGGGCACCAUCAAAGAUUUACGAGAGGAUCCUGAGUUGGAAAUAUUUGACGAGAUGACCACCUCAGAGAAGAUAUCAAAACUUAACGUUUUUUUAAGGGCGGAAGUUUACUACUGUUAUUACUGUGGAAUAAGGUACAAAGACGAAGAGGACUUUUACGAGCAUUGUCCUGGCAUAAAUAAAGAGGACCACGAAUGA